AAAAUAUCGCAAAGCCAUGCUCAGUUAAAACAAAAAUUUAUCAGGUAUAAGUCAAAACCCGACAUCUUGCCUCUUAAUAAGGUUUAAACUAGGAAACCGGUGAUGUUUUUGACAGCUAUUUAAGCGAUUCUCAAGCACCUAUUAAUGCUAAAACAAGUUUAUAAGUAAGACUGCAGAUGGAGUAGGAACAAGAGGAACUGAUAGUGAUAUAACAUUAUUUUUUUUGGUAAAUUAGUAAGUUUUGUAAACAGCUCUUUGAGCUAGCUUAGGAUUUUAUCAUUAUCGUAUCAACCCGAGAUGUUGUGGCAUUCAAACUACUAUAUUAUACUAUAAUUGCUAUUUACAUAAAAUGUUUUUGAAGGUUUGAUAAUACUAUUCAUAUUUGGAUCCUGAUUUUCUUAAAACUCAUCCCAACGGGUCUUUUGUAUGUGAUAAUCUUUUGGCAGCUUCUCCACGCUUGAUAAACGAAACUCCAAGUUUGAACCAGAGAGCAAUGACAUUUUUAUCUAAAAAAGAAAUCCUUUCUUUAGAAGUUUAAAAAAAUGUGACAGAAGUUUUGAAUUGACAUAUGAAUGCGUAUUUCUGAGGAUCAUUUUUAUUAAUUUGUGAUAUUGUGUCGUGUUUUAUUGUGAUGAUUUUAAUGUAAUUUAUUAUGGCGACUCCCAAACCCUCAACGGGCGGUCCGGGGAACUUCACAGUAAUUGCGCAAUCAGAAGAAGAGGAAGAGGCUUUUAACUAUGUCCAGUUUAGGCAUGGCGUUAAGUUUACUUCGGUGACAGGAUCAGUUGCGCAUAUAGUGAAGGGUGCGCUCGGAGGCGGUAUACUGAGCGGUCAUGUUGCCUACAUGAAAGCCGGCGUCAAGGUCGCGGUGCCACUGAACGUCCUAUUUGGAUUUUAUAUGGGCUACUGUUUACAUUUGCUGGUACAAUCAGCCCAGACUCUGUAUAAGAGGACAAGAAUACCAUCCAUGUCGUACGCGGACGUUGGGGAAGCUGCCUUGGCCUGUUGUCCUAACCGAAGGCUUGCAAGGUUCGCCAAAGUGUUCAGGCACAUGAUCGACGUCAUAAUAUGCAUAGACUUGUUCGGCGCAUGCGCAUGCUACCAUCUUAUAAUAGGAAAGUCUCUAAAACAGCUGGUAGAGAAUACUAUCGAAACAUCGAUGGAACCAUUGCAUCCAGGUUAUCCUAGUUUGAGGGUGUACAUGGCAUGCAUGAUAGUACCAAUUAUAUGUAUAUGUUUAAUACUGCAUCUGAAGUGGUUGGCGCCAUUUUCUCUUGCUGCUAACAUGACAAUUGUGUUUUGCAUCAUAAUGGCGAUUUACUACGCUUUCGAAUACAAUCCAAAUUUUGAGAACUUGGUGGGGCACACUUCGCUUUACCACUACUUGGAAUUCGUCGGCAUGACUGUCUUCAGCAUGUCCUGCGCAGGAGUCGUUAUACCUAUCGAGAAUAAUAUGAGGGAGCCGAAGAAAUUCCCUCUAGCGUUGACCAUUGGCAUGUCACUUAUAGUUAUCUGCACGUUUUUGGUAUCAUUCUUCGGCUACGCGGGAUUCUUGGAGAAAUCCGAAGCACCUAUCACCGUGAACUUCCCUAUGACUGUAGUCGCGUUGAUCUUCAAGUAUGCUGUCAUUAUAAUGAUUUAUAUAACUCAUGCUUUGAACUUCUGGCCCCCGUUCAACCUGGUCUUCCACUAUUUGAAGAAACGUCACUCUCCAGAGAGGAUUGUCUUGUGGGAGCUGUUGUAUAGGGCGAUAUUCGUGAUAAUUAUUGGAAUUGUUGCAAUCAUUUUUCCUAAUAUCAACGCUUUGAUGGGAUUCCUUGGCACCUUCUGUUUGUCAAACAUGGCUUUCAUUUGGCCAAAUGUGAUCAAUUUGCUGGUCAUUUGGGAAAGACCUGGUUUUGGGCAAUACUACUGGAAGCUCUGGCGGUCCAUCGUAUUCAUUUUGGUAGGUAUAUUUAUACUCUUCUGCGGGUCCUUAGUCAAUAUAAUGGAGUUGCUGACGGUCUUUUAUUAACAUUUUGAAAUGUUAUUUAUUUUGAACAUGAUUUUAAUAAUGUUUAUUAUGAAUAUUGUGUUAGAAUUGUUAGUGGAUACCUCGUUUGAUGUAUACUUUGCGUAUAAUAAAUAUUUUAUGUGAUUGACUAAAAUUUACUAUAUUGUACAGACUUUUGUUAAAAGUGGACCUAUUUUAAUAAUUAUAAUUGUUGGAGUUUUAAUAAAUUUGUUUGGUAUAUUUCA